AUCUUAGACACCUUCACACUCAGACCUAACAAAAUGAUGGAUAAAUAAAUUACGAUAUUAUUUCAAACGGUUUACCAGUGAAGUAGUGUCAUGUCUACAUAAAGUCACCACAUCAUUAGAUGAAAUUUCCGCACGCCCACUAUUUGGUGUAGUACCUUUGUCUAAAAUACAACGAGUAGCUAGUUUCGGACAUAGCUAUUAUUAUACGUGCCUAUAUAUAUUGCCGUAAGCUGGAUGGGAAAGACGGCUUUCAAUAGCUACUACGCGCAUAUGAUCGAUCGACGAUCAAGCUAAGCCCAUACGUUAUCCAUCUCCAAUCAAUUCUGCAAAACGGUUAUCAGAUCAGAAUGGCCUUACCCAGAGAAAUGGAACCCCCAAACUGGUAUAGAAUAGACCUAACCGCCUUCACCGCCAGCUUACGCCAACACGACGGCGUCCUCUUAUUCCUCCUCAUCUUCUUCUCCCUCAUAUUCGCCAUUCUCUUCAUCUUCUUCUACUUCGUCUGCAAGUGCAAGUGCGGCAGCCGGUUCAGAUCGUCGUCUCCGGGAUCCGGGCAGCCGGAAGCACAGGCGGCGGCGAAGAAAGGAGGGCUGGAUGCAGAGUCCGUUGAGAGCCUGCCGGCGGUGACGUAUGCAUCGGUGGUGGUGGGCGGGGAGGCGGAGGCGGAGAGGAAUGAAUGCUGCAUAUGUUUGGGGUUGUUCGAGGAGGCGGAGAUGGUGAAGGUGAUGCCGGAUUGCUGCCAUCUCUUCCACGCUCAAUGUGUGGAUACAUGGCUUUCGAAUCGCUCCAGCUGCCCGCUCUGCCGCGCUUCUCUCGACUCUGUUUCUGUGCAUAUUGAUAUCAGCAAUGCCUGAAAAAAAUAUUCUAGUGCUUCGUAUUGAUUGAAAUGAAAUUUGAAGAUCAUUAUAAAAUUGAGAGGGUCAUUAAUUAGUCAAACUUGAAAUAGAUAUAAACAUUUUCUCUCUCAUUCCAAAAGGUUCCACAAAUUGAAUCCCGAGUUCUAAGGAUUCCUCACACUCAACUGAGCACGGAGGUUAGAUCAGCACUCGUUGCAUAUAAGGAAUCCCCUAACAUUAGGAGGUUACUUUCACAAUUUUAAUUGUAACUAAGGGCCGUUAGAGAGACUCGAUCCUGAAUGAUUCAUGUACAUGUUAUGUGUAUUCCGUACAUUUUUCUCUAUACAUUUGAUCAUAAUUUGAAUGACACACGUAUCCUUUUU